AUGCUCUUCAACAAAUUCUUCGCCGUCUCCGCACUCAGUACUCUUGCUGCCGCCACAGCCAUCGAGCGCCGCACGGGCCAGCCCAACGAACAAUGCCCAGGCCUCCAAUGCUGCCAACAGACGGGGCUAGCUUCCUCCAGCUCUAUUAUUAGCGCAGUUACAGCUAUUGAUCCCCUCGCGCUCCUCACCUUGUUGUUGAGCGUGCCUGCCAGCGUCCUCGUUGGUGUUAACUGCAGCCCCAUCACUGUUAUCGGUGGUGGCAAUGGUGCAUGCUCUGGAGGCACCACUGUUGUUUGCAAUGACAACAGCCACGGUGGACUCCUCAACAUCGGAUGCGUCCCCAUUACUAUCUAA